UUCAUUGUGCUUUAAGGAAGUGUUCCAUCAGAAGUAGCGAGGACUGCCAGCAAAGACACACCUGUUCUCAGACUUCAUCCACUCGUCCGCCAUGCUGCAUUUCAGCAAGGGGGAUUUCGUCUGGCUGGAGACGGGGGCGGGGGUGCCGCUCGGGGCAGAGGUGCAGGUCACCGACACCGGGCAGCUCCAGCUGCUGGAUGAUGAUGGGAAGAAGCACAAGAUCAGCAAGAAGACUGAGGGUGGGAUCCGGCCCAUGCACCCCACUUCUGUGAAAGGAGUGGAUGACAUGAUAAGGCUGGGCGACCUCAACGAGGCCGGGCUGCUCAGGAACCUGCUGGUGCGACACAGAGACGGCAUCAUCUACACGUACACAGGAUCGAUCCUGGUGGCGGUGAACCCGUACGCGGUGCUGCCCAUCUACACCACCGAGCAGGUGCAGAUGUACACAGAUCGACGGCUGGGGGAACUGCCGCCGCACGUCUUUGCCAUCGCAGACGCCUGUUUCUUCAACAUGCGCCGCAACAAAAAGAACCAGUGUUGCGUCAUCAGUGGAGAGUCCGGAGCAGGAAAGACGGAGAACACCAAGCUGAUGCUGCAGUUCCUGGCGGCCGUGAGCGGCCAGCACUCCUGGAUCGAGCAGCAGAUCCUGGAGGCAAACCCCAUCUUAGAAGCCUUCGGUAAUGCCAAAACCGUCCGAAACGACAACUCCAGUCGGUUCGGAAAGUACAUCGACAUCAGCUUCACCAAGGACGGGGCCAUUGAAGGGGCCCGGGUGGAGCAGUACCUGCUGGAGAAGUCCAGAGUCAUCCGUCAGGCGGCGGAGGAGAGAAACUAUCACGUGUUUUACUACAUGCUGGUGGGCAUGUCUGCGGAGCAGAAGAAGACCCUUUCCCUCGGGACAGCUGAAGAAUACCAGUAUCUCAUCAUGGGUAAGUGCACCAGCUGUGAGGGCCGUGAUGACAUGAUGGAGUACACUCACUUCCGAACGGCUUUGAAGAUCCUCAUGUUCUCGGAGGCGGAUACCUGGGAGAUCUUUAAACUUCUAGCUGCAAUCCUUCACCUGGGCAACGUGUACUUCAAAGACACCACAGAGAAUAACCUGGAAGGCUGCGAGCUCCUCCCGUCUGCACAUUUCAACAUGGCCAGCAAGCUUCUGGAGGUGGAUCCCAAAGCUCUGCAGAAGAGCCUGACUCAGCGCACCGUCAUGACCACCAAGGAGUCCGUGUCCAAGCCGCUGAACUCAGUCCAGGCCGUGGACGGCAAGGACGCCUUCGUCAAAGCGCUGUACGGGAGACUUUUCAUUUGGGUGGUGGAUAAAGUCAACGGUGCCGUUCACAAGCCGCAGGAAGAGGUGAUGGAGUUCCCACAGGCGAUAGGCCUCCUGGACAUCUUUGGCUUUGAGAACUUCACCAAAAACAGCUUUGAGCAGCUGUGCAUCAACUUUGCCAAUGAGCAGCUGCAGCAGUUCUUCGUCAAGCAUGUCUUCAAGCUGGAGCAGGAGGAGUACACUCGUGAGAACAUUGUUUGGAAACACAUCGACUAUCAAGACAACCACCACACUCUGGACGUCCUGGCAUGCAAACCUCUGAACGUGCUGGCGCUCAUCGACGAGGAGAGCAGCUUUCCCAAGGGAACAGAUGCCACCAUGCUCCAAAAGAUCAAUACGAUUCAUGGCAAAGGGGACAUCUACAUCCCCCCGAAGAACUACCACGACACCAAGUUUGGAGUCCGGCACUUUGCGGGAGUGGUCUACUAUGACUCCAUAGGCUUCCUGGAGAAGAACCGCGACGCCCUCAGCCCGGACCUGUUUCAGCUGGUGGAGACGUCGGCCAACAAACUCCUCAAGAAGAUGUUUCACAGCGAGCUGGCCGCCAGCUCCAACAGCAUCAAGAGGACCGGCAACCCCAAGAUGAUCAUCACCGCAUCCAAGAACACCGUCCGGCAAGCGUCUGAGGGCAAGAAGCUUGUGGCGACUUUGAGCGGCCAGUUCCGUCAGUCUCUGGACUCCCUGAUGAAAACCCUGACAGCCUGUCAGCCUUAUUUCAUUCGCUGCAUCAAGCCUAAUGACUUUAAGAAGCCCGUGCUGUUUGACAGAGAGCUGUGCUUGCGGCAGCUCCGAUACUCCGGCAUGAUGGAGACCAUCAAGAUCCGGAAAGCCGGGUAUCCUGUGCGUUACACUUUCAGCGAGUUUCUGGGCCGCUACCGCGUUCUCCUGAAGUCUUCACUCUGCGAUCCAAAAACAGAAAGCAAAGAGAAAUGCUGUGAGAGCAUUUGUGAAAGUGUGCUUGCUGGAGAAGGCGACUGGAAGACGGGCAAGACAAAGAUAUUCCUCAAGGACUACCAUGACACAAUGCUGGAGCUGCACCGAAUGACGGAGCUGAACACCAAAGCCCUUUUGAUCCAGAAGGUCAUGAGGGGUUUUAAAUACAGGAAAGAAUUUCUGAAGAAAAAGACAAGCGCGCUUGUUAUUCAAAAAACCUGGAGAGGAUACAAAGGCAGGAAACUCUACCGAGUGGUGCAGCUGGGCUUUGAGAGGCUGCAGGCGAUUGCUCGCUCUCGUCAGCUCCAUCUACAAUACAAGAAGAGACGGGAGGCUGCUCUCGUGCUGCAGACUCAAGUCAGAGGCUUCCUGGCCAGGAAGGACUGGAGACGCAAGAGAGAUGCAGUGAUCCUGCUGCAGGCACAGACCAGGGGCAUGCUGGCAAGAAAAGCCCUCAAAAAGAGGAAGAAAGAUAUGUACCUGUCUGCCAAAGAGAGGGAGGAAGAACGGCGGACCAUUUUGGAAAAACAGAAACAUUUGGAGGAAGUGUUGAGGCAGAAGAGAGAGACGGAGGCCAGAGCGCAGGUUGAAUCCCGGACCGAUCAGGAGCUGGUGGACGACGUCUUUGGCUUCCUGCCCAGUAUUGUCGGAGGGCAGGAGGGGCAGGCGCCAGUGGGAUUUGAGAACAUCGAGGGGAAACGGACGAUAAUUGAGGAGAUAGACAUUGAUGAGAUUCCCAUUGAGGAAGAUCUUCCCAAAGAGGACUACGAUGACCUGGAUGAGUACACCUUCUCCAAGUUUGCCUCCAUGUACUUCCAGGGCGCUGCCACCCCCACCCACAUCCGUCAGAAGCUUCGAGUGCCACUUCUCUACCACGAAGAUGAAGGAGAUGUUUUGGCUUCUCUCACGGUGUGGUGGAUCAUCCUGAGAUUCAUGGGAGACCUGCCCGAGCCCAAGAGACAGGCCCGAGCCCAGAAGACUACCCAGCAGGAGAGAUUCAUGCCACAGGACUUAAUCUCCAGGAAAGACAGACGUCUGAGCCACAUGGUCGGACUUGAUCAGAGGAUGCUCAGGAAUAAAAAAGAGAAUAAGCCUCCCGCAGUAGCCGAGGAGCCACCACAGAAGAGAAAGGGCUCUGUUUUCACAGACCUCCUGACAAAGACCAGGAAGCCGUCUGCUGUGCCCAGUGAGAUAAACCCGCGGGCCUACACCGUACCAGAAGGAAACCCUCGAACAAGAAAAGGAUCCACAUUCACCGACCUUCUGUCCAGGAAGAAAUCAACCACUGUUCAAGAAACUGGAAGCCCAAAGUCCACUGCAAGGAGGCCCUCGAUGAUCAUGGAGGAGUCAGAUGAUCUGACUGAAGUGUCAAAGCCCACCACUCUGCAGACCGUGAAGGAGGACGGUGACACCAUGACCAGUGAAGAGCCCACCCUGGACCGGCCGCUCUCGUCUCUGGAGAAGCUGCACAUCAUCGUGGGAUACGCCAUCGUCAGACGGGACCUGAGGGAUGAGAUUUACUGUCAGAUCUGCAAGCAGCUGCAGGAGAACAACAAUCGCAACAGCUACUUCCGUGGUUGGAUCCUGCUGUCACUCUGUCUGGGUGUUUUUCCUCCCAGUGAGCGCUUCAUGAAGUACCUCCAGAGUUUCAUCCGUGUUGCUCCGGGAGGCUACGCCUCCUACUGCGCCACCCGGCUACGCCGCACAGUGACCAAUGGAGUGAGGAGCGAGCCUCCCGCCUGGCUGGAGCUGCAGGCCACCAAGACUAAAAAGCCCAUGACCGUGUCCGUGAUGCUGAUGGACGGCCGCCUCAUUAACCUCCCCGUCGACUCAGCAUCUACAUCCAAAGAGAUCUGUCAGAUCGUCGCCAACCAAAUCAAACUCAAAGACACUUUCGGCUUUUCCAUAUAUGUGGCUAUGUAUGAGAAGGUGUGGGCUCUGGGCAGCGGCCGAGGGCACGUGAUGGACGCCAUCUCCCAGUGUGAGCAGGAGGUGAAGAGGAAGGGCGGCCAGGAGCAGCACGCCCCGUGGCGGCUCUUCUUCCGCAAGGAGGUUUUCACCCCCUGGCACGACUGCAAAGACGAUAAGAUGAGCACCGAGCUCAUCUACAAACAGGUCAUCCAUGGCCUGAAGCUUGGGGAGUACCAGACUGAAAAGGAAGACGAAGUCGUCAAUAUCGCUGCGAAGCAUUUGUACAUCCAGCACGGCUCGGAGAGCAGCCCGGCCCACGCUCGGGAGGCUGUGCAGGACUGCAUCAACAGCUCUCUGCUGGAGGCCAAGUCAGAGGCCAAAUGGGAUCAGAUGGUCAGCACCGCUCACGCUCAGAGUUCGUUUGUGAGCUCGAAACAGAAAACAGACAGAGUGAAGGCCGAGAUAGUCGACUACGCCAGAGAGAAGUGGCCCAUGUUCUUCUCCAGGUUCUUUGCCGUCACCAAGUUGACAGGUCCUGCGCUGCCAAAGAGCCAGUUCAUAGUGGCCAUCAACUGGAGCGGCAUCACAUUCCUGGAUGAGAGGGAGAAGAGGCUGCUGGUGCUCUCCUUCCCUGAAGUCACUGCAGUCAACACCAUAAGGGAUGGUAAAGCCUCUGGCCAGAAGGUGAGUCUGCUGACCCUGAAAGGAGACUUCACCCUGAGUGGACCCACAGCCGAGGACAUGGCCGAGCUGGUCACCAUGUUCCUCAGUGGAAUGACGGAGCGCUCUCAGUACGCCGUGGCCCUGACGGAGGUCAACAGUCAAGAUGACCCCACACUCCUCAGCUUCAAAAAAGGAGAGCUGAUUGUGCUCAUCAAAGACGAUGAGUUCUCUCAGAAACACGGCUGGUUCAAGGGUCAGAACAGCAGCACCAAGAAGACGGGAGCCGUCCCCAGCGAGGCCAUCCUAAUACUGCCCACGCUCAGCAAACCCACCAACGAGGUCAUGACCCUGUUCAGCCUGUCACCAGUCCAGAGGAAGAACCUGAUCCAGGAGAGCCAGAAGGAAACGGGGACAGUUACCAGGGUGGCUCCGGCCACGCUGAAAGAAUUCUCUUCUGAGUUUUUCAGGCAGCCGGCAAAGGAUGUGAACCGCCAGGUGAUUUCUAGGAAUGCUGCUCCUGAGAGACUGUGGGCUCAUUCCAGGGAGCCGAUCAGACAGCCGCUCCUCAAGGCGCUGAUAGGAAACCCGGAGCUCGGGCACAAAGCCUGUCUGGCCUUCACUGCGAUCCUGAAGUAUAUGGGAGAUUAUCCCGCCAGGCAGAUGCAGAGUCCUCUGGAACUCACCGACAUGAUCUUUGGUCCGGCCACUCAGCACGAGCCUCUCAGGAAUGAGAUUUACUGCCAGAUCAUGAAGCAGAUGACCAGCAACAACAACAGGUUCAGCGUGGAGCAGGGCUGGCAGCUGCUGUGGCUCUGCUGCGGUCUGUUUCCUCCCAGCCAGCCUCUUCUCAGACACGCUCAGCGCUUUAUUGAGACGCGGAGCAGAGAGUCCCUCGCCCCCGACUGUCUGCAGCGGCUCAAGAACUCUCUGAGGAUGGAGCCCAGAAAGCUGCCGCCACACCCCGUGGAAUUAGAUGCCAUCCAGCAGAACAGCACCCAGAUCUUCCACAAAAUCCACUUCCCCAAUGACACAGAUGAGGUAUUUGAAGUGGCAACCAGCACCAAGAUCAAGGAUCUCAUCCAGAACAUUUCCAAAAAACUGGGCCUGAUGUCAGCAGACGGCUUCAGCAUGUUUGUCGUCAUGCAAGACAAGGUUCUCAGCUUGAAUGACAACGACUACUUCUUUGACAGUCUGAGACAAAUCACAGACUGGACCAAGAGAUCCCGGCAGAGCAAAGACGGUGGAAUAGUCAACGUGUCCUACAGUGUGUUCUUUAUGAGGAAGUUGUGGUUCAGUGUGGUCCCCGGCAGAGACACGGAGGCUGAUCGUAUCUUUCAUUUCCCUCAGGAGUUACCCAAGUACUUGAGGGGCUGGCACGUUUGCACGAAGGAGGAAAUGGUCAACAUUGCAAGUCUGCUCUUCAGGGUGAAGUUCGGCAGUGACAAAAACCAGCUUGUCACGGUUCCCAAGAUGCUGAAGGAGCUGGUGCCCGCCGACCAGCUGAAGGCCAUGUCUGAAAACGAGUGGAAGAAGAAUAUCAUCAACUCUUACAACAAACAAGCUGCUAUGACCGUUGAAGAGGCCAAGAUCGCCUACUUGAAGGCGGUGUACCGCUGGCCAACGUUUGGCUGUGCUUUCUUCGAAGUGAAGCAAACAUCAGAGACCAGUUUCCCAGAUAUCGUGCGGAUAGCCAUCAGCAAGCAAGGAUUCACAAUCAUCCACCCAAAAACUAAGGAUGUUCUGGCCAGUCAUCCUUUCAACCACAUUGCUAACUGGUGCAGUGGCAGCACUUACUUCCACAUGACCAUUGGGAGUUUGGUCAAGGGGACCAAAUUCCUGUGUGAGACGUCACAGGGUUACAAAAUGGACGAUCUUAUAACCUCCUACGUCAACAUGUACCUGAGAGAGCGCAGGCCGGCGCAGGCCAGGAACCGACACUUCAACAUGUGAAGUGGAGCUGACGUCUGAUUGCAGCUGCACAAGUUAUUUCUUCUUUUCAAGGAGCAAUCAGCACGCUGUGGAAAUAAGAUGCCAUUUGAUUCCUCGGAUAUCAUUUUUAUAUGAAGCAAAAUUUCAGUUUAUGUCCAAGGAGCAUAAUAACAAAGGAGGAACAUUCACACAUUUACUUAAGCUCUUAUAAUGAUAAUGAUUUCUUAAAAGUGUUCACAGGCGUGCUUUCCUAAACAAAACUACGACGAAGUAUUAGGGCCAAACUAAGACAAAAAAAAAUUUGAAAUUACGAGAAUAAAGUCAUAAUAUAAUGAGAAUAAAGUCGUAAAAUUACCUGAAUAAAGUCAUAAUGUUGCGAAAAUAAAGUCGUAAUAGAAUAAAGUCGUAAUAUUACGAGAAUAAAGUCGUAACAUUGCAAGAAUAAAGUCGUAAUAUUACAAGAAUAAAGUGGUAAUUUAUGAGAAUAAAGUCGUAAUAUUACGAGAAUAAAGUGGUAAUUUAUGAGAAUAAAGUCGUAAUAUUACGAGAAUAAAGUGGUAAUUUAUGAGAAUAAAGUCGUAAUAUUACGAGAAUAAAGUGGUAAUUUAUGAGAACUCUAACAGGAAGAGCAUCUUCUCCCUGUGUUAAAAUGAGGAAUAUCUUGUGAAGUUAUAUUUAUAUAUUAUAUUAUAUAUUACGACUUUAUUCUCGUAAUAUUAUGACUUUAUUCUGGUAAUUCUACAAAUUUAUUUUCGUAAUUUCCAUUUUUUUGGAAAACUCCUCUGAGCUGACUAAAUAUAAAACACAUCCUGUUGUUGUUUGUUUGCACGAGUGAGUCAGGACAGUCGCUGAGCGUUUUCAUGACAGAAUUGAGACCAGGGUUUCUUUCAUGACAAGCCUGUGACUCAAAUCCUGUCAUUUUUCCCGGUGAAGCUAAAUUCAGCCCUGACAACCGGGAACAAGGUUUAUCAAUGCUUACAUUUACAAAGAAAUUAUUCUGUUUGUGUUUAUGGGGUCAAAUCAAAGGCUUAAACCUUCCAUAUGGAUGCUUGUUUCAUUCAGUCUCUUCUGUUGUUUUGCUGCUCUCUAUUAACAAUUUCACGCCUAUGUGUCUCAGCUACUACUGUAUACUCAGGGCUGUGCAGCUCCAGCCUAUUAAACAUGUUUAAACCCAA